AUGGACGUCAACCACGACGAACACGUUAUUACCACUGAUAAUCUAGACGACGUCAAUGAAAAACUUGAGCAGUUUCAGGUCUCUUCUACACAUUCCAGCGGGAAGCUACUUCCUUCGCCUUAUCUGCCUCCUGAAUUGGCCUACGCCGAAGCACAUUAUCCCAAUAGACGACCACGCAGGGCAUUCUUUGGCUUCGCUGUAUCCUCUGAUAUCUUGCUUGACUACGCCCUGCGCUGGUACCAGGGUAUCCUCACCCGCGAGAUGCUCGAGGGUUUCGACCCUUUCUGGGUUGGCGACAUCUGGGCGGGUGCUGCAAAGAAGCAUCUAGAGAUUGACGCAGCACAUCCAAGGGUGAAUGUUCCUAUUGUGGAGACGCCAGACGGACUCAAGCCCUGUGUCGCCAUCUUCGACAGUUAUGACAGGGAUGGCUGGACUUUGGCCGAGGAGAAGGAGACGGAGUAUAUUGAGUUCAUCAGGAGCGAACUUGGGCUGCCGGAGACACAGGAGCCUAUGUGGUACUAUUGCCAUGGUUGGUGA